AUGGCAUUCGCUGGCGUGUCUCUCAUCGUCGACGGCAAGCUGUGCGACUCCACCUCGUCGCCCGUCGAUGCCGGCGCGGACAGCGGGUACCAUCUGCUCGUGGUCCGAGGCUACUCGCGUGCCAGAGAAAAAGCACUAUCACCUGCAGACCGCGGCUGCAUCUUGUCGAGUCCUUUCAUUGUUGGAGGCCAUCGCUGGAAUCUCGAGUUUUACCCUGUUGUCUGUGACAAAGAGGAGGACGAUGAAUUUAUAUCCGUUUUCCUUACCCUUGACCCAUCAUCUGCCACUGAGGGUGAGAGCGUGGAGACUCAGUUCGUGUUCAGUUUCAUUGACCAGCCUGAGUUGCCAGCGUCGACGAGGAACCGUCAAAGCCAACGUUUUGCAAAAUACGACAACGGCCAUGGCGAAGAAAGGUUCGCGAAAAGGGAGGUUCUGGAGCGAUCAAGGCAUAUGAAUGACGGAUUCGCCAUCCGUUGUGAUGUUGUCGUCGUCAAGCCGGACGCCAACACCAGGGAGCAUGAGCAUGGCGGCAUUCAAAUCCAUUUCGGCGAUCUCCUCCACAGCACAGAGGGCGCCGACAUUACCUUUGACGUCGGCGGCGAGAUGUUCGCGGCGCACCGGUGCGUGCUUGCAGCCCGAUCGGCGGUCUUCAAGGCGCAGCUCUUUGGCGCCAUGGAUGACGGCGCCUGUCUCGUGAAGAUAAACCGCAUCGAAGCAGGCGUCUUUCGGGGCUUGCUUACUUUCAUCUACACCGGCGCAAUGCCCGACCUCAAGAUGGCCGACAUGGAAGAUGACAGAGCCAAAGAGGAUGAAGGGAAAACUGCAUGGCUGCUGCAGCUGCUUGAAGCCGCAGACCAGUAUGAUGUCCAAAGACUCAAGUCCAUCUGUGAAGAGAUGCUGGCCGGUCGAUACAUAUGCGCGACCACGGUGGCCGACAUUCUUGGGGUGGCUGAGCGCAGACGGUGCUUGUUGUUGAAGCAUGAGAGCUUGGAGUUCAUCAAAACCCGUACUAAGUUGCCUUCAAUUUUCACGCCUGAUGGCUUGGAGCAGGUGAUCAGCAACUGCAGCCCCUCAGUUCUCAAGGAGCUCCUCUCCAAGUUUGCUACCUAA